AGUGACAAAUACACAUUGUUUUUCUCUCUACAGUUCUUGGUUUGUUUUUUCAGAUGCUCUCAGUUUUGUGAGAGCUUUUAACAUUUUUGGUUUAGUACUUUUUGAUUCUUGAUCUUUGGUGGGAGAUUUAAUUUUUUAGAGAUUAUCAAGAAAAAGAAAAAUGGGUGUAUCUAAUGAGGAUAAUCCUACCAUGAUUAAAUCUACAAAUGUUCAAGAAAUGGGAUACAGAAAAUUUGGAGUGGAGACAAGGAACAAUCGAAGAGCAUUAAGUGUGAUUAAUCAGAAUUUUGUUGGAGCUAAUCAAUACCCUUGUGUUGUUAACAAGAGAGGAUUAUCAGAAGCUAAUGGGAUCUGCAACAAGAAUCCUCCUAUUCCAGCUCAUAGACCUAUCACAAGGAAAUUUGCUGCACAAAUUGCUAGCUCACAGCAACAUUUUCAUGAGGAGAACAAGAAACCAAAAUUAGCAGCUGGAAAUUUCAGUGUGUGGGAGGAUGAUGUACCUAUAAUAGAUGUUGAGGAACAUGAUGCAACAAAAGACCAACCAGUUCCAAUGUCUUUGGAACAGACUGAGACAACAUUGUCACAUGACAACAAGACUCAAAUGGAAAUCGAGAUGGAGGAUAUAUUUGAGGAGACUGCGAUAGAUAUUGACAGCGAUGACAUAAAGAACCCGCUUGCUGUUGUUGACUAUGUGGAAGAUUUGUAUGUCUACUACUCAAAAAUGGAGGUUUGCAGCCGUAUCUCGCCAGACUAUAUGGCACAACAGUUUGACGUUAAUGAGAGGAUGAGAUCUAUACUAAUAGACUGGCUCAUCGAGGUACAUCACAAGUUCGAUCUCAGGGAGGAGACGUUAUUCCUAACCGUUAACUUGAUAGAUAGAUUUUUGGAGAAGCAAUCUGUUGUGAGGAAAAAGCUGCAGCUUGUUGGUCUGGUUGCCACGCUACUCGCGUGUAAAUAUGAAGAAGUUUCUCUCCCUGUGGUGGAUGAUUUGGUGUUCAUUUCGGAUAAAGCAUACACAAGGAAGGAGGCUCUUGAAAUGGAAAAAUUGAUGCUCAAUAAACUGCAGUUUAAUAUGUCGGUUCCAACACCGUACGUUUUUAUGAGGAGAUUUCUCAAGGCUGCUCAAUCGGAUCGAAAGCUGGAGCUACUUUCGUUCUUCUUGAUCGAGCUUUGCCUUGUGGAAUACGAAAUGCUAAAAUUCCCACCAUCCUUUAUCGCUGCUGCUGCGAUCUAUACAGCUCAGUGCACACUUUACGGUGUUAAACAAUGGAGCAUGACGUGCGAGUUGCAUACGAAAUACUCAGAAGAUCAACUUAUGGAGUGCUCGAGAUUGAUUGUGGGAUUCCACCAGAAGGCAGCGACGGGGAAACUAACAGGGGUACAUAGAAAGUACAAUACAUCUAAAUUUGGUUAUGCAGCAAAAUGUGAGCCGGCUCAGUUUCUUCUUGAGCAGACCCAAUAAUAGGACGGACAUGUAUAGUUUUUACUAACUUUACGUGACAUCUGUAAUCGGGUUGGUCUGAUUGAUGAUAUGGUUGGGGGUUAAUGGAAUUACAGAACUUGAAAUAACUCAGCAACUGCUGUUGCCCCGGGGGAUUUGACAACUUUUCCUAGAUUAGCUCAUUUGCAAACAACUUUGGGUUGUUUCACUAUGUUCAGUUUGGAACAUACCUGAAUUGUAUUUUUCUUUUUGUUUUUACUACAACAGUAAUAAAAAAAUCUUAGAUAUUCUUCAUAA